AUGAUUACGCAGGAAAUCAUCUCAAUCAGAACUGUGAUAACCAUGGCUGGCCAGCCAACUGCAUGCAACCGCAACUUGCCACGACUCAUCUGGGCCCCAAACGAGAACCAUAAUCGCUAUCCGUCCCCAGCAUGGCGUUAUGAGUCGCGCCGGGUUGCGCUCAUAGUCCCCCCCAGCGCGGAAAGAGAAACCGAGAAAGAGGCGCUGGGCCAAGACGACGGGAAAGGCAUGUGCUUAAGAGUCUUGGCAACCCAAACAAACAACUCGGGUGGCAUUCGGACACGCGCUCAAGCAACUCGGAACUCAACUUCGACAAACCUCUGCCACAUCGCCAACGUUGAAAACAUCUCACCUCAGUCUCUCAAAGAGUCGACAAGUUGGAACAAGCUUUUUCAAGACCAACAACGAGAAGAUCUCCAGGAUGACCUGCAUUUGCUAGUGUCCGACUUGUCGGGUCAAAAAACAACCAACUUUGCCGUGAACCUUGAUGGCUAUACUUUGUUUAAGAACCUCUACGGCCUCAUCUUCCUCCUCAACCACGACUUCUCUCCCCCUUUUCCCGCCCCUGAUUGUCACGGCCCGCGGUGGAUCGAGUGUCGAUCUCUCUCGGCGAACCAAGCACACGGGAAGUGA